AUGAUAUCAACAGAAACACGUACCCUUCGAGAUCUAGUACAUAGUUCAAAACGUAUAGGUGGAAAUUAUGGUAGUUUAGCUAAAUCAAAAACAUUACCAACAUUUUACAUUGUUCACAAAAUCGAAUCAGAUGAUACUUUGCAAAGGCUUGCAUUGAAAUAUAGUAUCAAUAUUCAAGAAAUCAAACGAGUUAACAAAUUAUGGUCUGAUGCUGAAUUAGGUUUAUUAGAACAUGUAUAUAUUCCUGUUAAUUCUCCACAAAUAUCAAUACUUCGAAGUCAAUAUCCAACAUUAGAUAUUGUUCAAAAUUUACCAUCAUUAACAAAUCAUCGUCGAAAAUCAUCGAUAAAUACUAAUACAACUGAUGAAACAAGUUCAUCUGAUAGUUCAAUUUCUAUAUCAACAACAAAUAAUUCAUCUUGUCAAGAUUAUCUAUCGAGAAUAGAUCAACAAAUACAAUUAACAAAAAAAACCUUACAAUUAAUGGAUAUUAGAGAACAACAUCCAAAUUCAAAAUCUCAUGAAAUAUUUACUUCACAUAUUUCUAAUAAGAAUGAUACAAAUUCUUGUAAAAAUAAUUGUACUACUAGUCGAAAUAAUGAACAACAUACAAGUGCACAUCAUCUAUCUGACAAUAGUGUAUUGUCGAAUAUAACAAAACACAAUUCACGUGAAAAAUAUAUAACAGCUGCUCUUGAACGAAUACAACGAGAAAAAGAUGAUUUUGAUGAACUGUAA